CGCCAGAAAUUAUGGAAACGGCAGAACAUGCGACUUUAGAUUUGCUCCCUAUAAAGUCGCGAGAGGUGUAUGAAAAUUCAUAUACACGCUUUAUGACAUGGCGCAAUAACAAUAAAGCUAAUUCAUUUUCGGAAAAUGUAAUUAUUGCGUAUCUUGCCGAUUUAGCGACUAAAAUCAAGCCGUCAACUCUUUGGAGUCAUUACUCCAUGUUGAAAGCAACGUUAAAUGUCAAGCAUGGUGUCGAUAUCCGCAAAUAUCCCAAACUUGUGCCUUACCUGAAAAACAAGUCACACGGUUAUCAGCCGAAAAAAUCAAAAACGUUGACGAUGGAACAAGUGCAGUCAUUUUUAACUGAAGCACCUGAUUUCAAAUAUUUAAUGACUAAGGUUUGUCUCAUAUUUGGUGUCGCAGGUGCAUUACGCCGUGAUGAAUUGUCACAAAUGAAGACGUCAGACAUCACCGACUUAGAGGGUGCUUUAUUAGUAAAAGUACCCAAUACUAAAACAAAAAAACCGCGCUCAUUCACAAUUACCGGGGAACAAUAUUUAAAUUUCUAUAGAAAAUAUGCAUCAUUACGUCCCGCAGAUAUGAACACAAAUCGUUUCUUCAUUAAAUACCAAAAUGGCAAAUGUCACAGGCAAGUUGUCGGUAUACAUAAGCUCACAUCAACAGCGCAAGAAGUUGCCACUUAUUUGGGAUUGCCGGAUCUGAAGCUUUAUACCGGGCAUUGUUUGCGAAGAACGUCUGCUACCUUGCUUAUGAAUGCAGGUGCAGACAUCAGUGCCCUGAAGCGUCAUGGAGGGUGGCAAUCGACAAGCAUUGCGGAGAGCUACAUUGCAGAAUCUGUAACGCAUAUGAUGAAAACUUCAGAUCAAAUUCUAAAUAAUGACUUACCGAGUCAACAGGAUUUUAAUCUCGAACCGCAACCUUCCACCAGUCGUGCUGCAGAGUCUAACGUAGUUAGUGCACUUUCUAACCAUCCAGUGCAAGUUAAUAACUGCACAAAUUGCACUGUAAAUAUUACUUUUAAUUUAAAUACUAGUUAGAUUUCUUGGACGUUUUUGAGGUUAUA